GUGGUCACGUGGUGUUGGUCUUCCGGUGCCGGAACCGAGGGCUGUUUGCAGCUCUGCCUUGGAAUAAAGGACGAAACCUUUUUAUAAACUUCCUUAACGUGUUUGUGUGAGUGAGAGACUCUGAGAGCUCUCCCUGAUGGGCGGCUGGUCCCGCGGUGCGGUGCUGGAGCUGUACCGAGCGCUGCUCCGCGCAGGGCGCCACCUGCAGUACACCGACCGCAACUACUACAGACGCACCAUCGCCCGCGAGUUCAGACGCUGCCAGUCGCUCAGCGAGCCUCGAGAGAAAGAGGAGGCACUGAAGAGGGGACAGUUCUUCCUCAACAGCCGUCUGGGAGGACUCAUCUAG